GGGGCGGGCUACGGCGGCCGCGGAGGGCCAAUCGGGGCGGCGAGGCUCUUUACCCGUCAUCCCCCGCGGGCGCGUUGUACACAAUCAUCAUGGCCGCCGCCGCUGCCGCUGCUGCCGCUCCCGACUCUGAAGACGCCAGCAUGGAAGCAGAGACCCAGAGCCCCCCCUUGGGCUGCAGGGAAGACAGCCAGAGCGACUCCCUCUCUGCGGAGAAGCCCCUGGAGGAGCCCUCGGGGGAGCCGCCGGACGAAGCAGCCGUCAGCAACGGAGGGGAGCCCGAGACGGAGAAGGAGCUGGUCGAGCUCAAAGUCAUCUGGAACAAGAACAAGUACGACCUGAAGUUCCCGCUAGACAGCACUGGGGCCGACCUCAAGCAGAAGAUCCACUCGCUGACAGGCCUCCCUCCCGCCAUGCAGAAGGUCAUGUUCAAAGGACUGGUGCCUGAGGAGAAGACACUGAGGGAAAUCAAGGUCAUCAGCGGAGCAAAAAUCAUGGUGGUUGGCUCAACCAUCAACGACGUCUUGGCCGUCAAUACGCCGAAGGACGCCGCGCAGCAGGAAGUCAAGGCAGAAGAGACCAAAAAGGAGCCCCUCUGCAGGCAAAAACCACACAGGAAAGUAUUGGAUAAAGGAAAACCUGAUGACGUGAUGCCUUCGGUCAAAGGUGUCCAGGAGCGGUUGCCAACUGUUCCUUUAUCAGGCAUGUACAACAAGUCAGGUGGAAAGGUCCGGCUCACCUUUAAACUUGAACAAGACCAGCUCUGGAUUGGCACUAAAGAAAGAACAGAGAAGUUGCCGAUGGGAUCCAUCAAGAAUGUGGUGAGCGAACCUAUUGAAGGACAUGAGGAUUAUCACAUGAUGGCCUUCCAGCUUGGACCAACGGAAGCCUCCUACUACUGGGUCUACUGGGUCCCUACUCAAUACGUGGACGCGAUCAAGGACACGGUCCUGGGGAAGUGGCAGUAUUUUUGAAGGCACGCUCACCUCUGGCACUGGAGACUGUCACGAACCAAAGGACACUGUCGGGAGAGGGGCCUGGACGUGGCUCGUCCUGGAACAUCUGGAUCAAUUCGAUCCCAGUGAGGCCUGGGAGGACGCCAGAGGUGGGGAUAAACUCUCGCCAUUUAGUUUAUUUUCAACUUUAAAAGAGCAGCCACCGCCCUUGUUCUGCAGUCAGCUUCAACCAUAUUUAAAAAAAACAUGAUGGAAAUCAAUAAAUCUUAAUUCAGAAA